UUAUUUGUUAUUUAAUCAGGGACCUUUGUCUUCAUGAUGGGAGAAAACAUCUUUAUGGCUGUUAGGAUUCAAGCUUCUCCUGGAGCAAGGAUUUAUCAAGGCUGAGAGACUCUGGAUUAUCCAUAAACCUCCUCUAAAUCAGGCAGGUGCCUCCCUCUCUCCCCAUCGUGAGUGGUCUUGAGCGCAGAUAGCAAGAUGGCAUCCAGCCUCACCUGUGCUGGUGUGAUCUGGGCCUUCCUCUCCUUCCUCUGCGCCGCUGCCUCCUGUGUGGGGUUCUUCAUGCCCUACUGGCUCUUGGGGUCUCAGCUGGAGAAGUCAGUUUCCUUUGGCACUUUCCGGAGGUGUUCGUAUCCAGUGCGGGAUGAGAGCCUCCAGACGACCGUGAUGGUGGAGCAAUGUGGCCGCUACGCCUCCUUCCAGGCCAUCCCAAGCACUGAGUGGAGGAUUUGCACGGUGGUGACGGGGCUGGGCUGCGGUCUGCUCCUCUUGGUGGCCCUGACGGCGCUCAUGGGCUGCUGUGUGUCCGAGCUUAUCUCCAGGACCGUGGGCAGGGUGGCAGGAGGCAUCCAGUUCCUGGGGGGUUUGUUGAUUGGCUCUGGCUGUGCUCUCUAUCCUCUUGGCUGGGACAGUGAAGAAGUCAGACAAACCUGUGAUAACCUUUCUAACCAGUUUGAACUGGGGGCAUCUCCACCACAUAGCUGGAGUAACGCAUGCAUCCUGAACACAGGCUCUGAUGUGUGGGAGCUCAUUUAUUUGGUCAGUCAAUAUGAACUGCUGGAGAAGAGAUUGGGCAGAGAAAAGUGCUCCUUAGCAGUCCCUGUCCCUUCCUUCCUCAAAGUUUUGGCUGCAGGGAUUGUUUGUGGGGUAAAGCAAUAAAAGAAGGAGUUUUGAUUUGGCUCAGUAAGAAUUUAUGCCUGUGUGAGUGGAAUGUAAAUGGGUUUCUUGCAAGCAAAUCCUGGAUGUAUUGUCAGUUAGCAGUUUACAGCAGAGUCCACUUUUGAGCCCCAUUAUGGGAAUGGCAGAAGGUGAUUCACCCAGCUACCUCCGAAGGAAGCGAGUCCCAGCACUGAAUUAUGUGCAGCGGGACUGAGUGUUCUGCAGGAGCAACAAAACAAGCACUCAAAAGCUGCCUGGAGAUCAGAAAAGCAGAAAAAAGAGAAGGGGGGGAAAAAAACCUUCUGAUUGCAGCUGCUGUGGAAACCAACCCUACAGCUUCUCUCCGGACUUGGCAAGCAGAGGGACCACUUGUUCCACUACUAAAAUAUUUUCAGUGCCGGCAACCUCUACUUUAACUGUCAAGUGUAGUUUUCCCGUGUGUUGAAAACAGUAAUUUGCCAACCAAGUGAGCUUGGAGGCUUGUCUGAUGAACCAUUAUAGAAAGUGAAGGGGAGCAAUUUAAACAGCUUUGCUUCUCUAAUUUCUUGAAAAAACACUAGGCAAACCAAUUACUCCAACCCUGUGUUUCCUUUUUGAGGUGGAUACGUUACACGUGGGCAGAAAACCUAAAGGAGCACUUUUUACUGCAUCAGUAUAGAGCAGCUUGCCGGUUUUAACCCUUGGAUACGCUAAGGACUAACUUGCGCUUGUUUGCCCGUCUGUUUCUCCCUAGGUGUCUAAUGGUGGUAUCUGCCUGGCUAGGUGGGCUUUGAGGCAGUAUGGCCCUUCUUGCGUUCUUAUUAAAGAAAAAGGGGGUGAAAAGUCUGAAAAUGAAGUAGCACACGUCUGUUCCCAAAUAGAUGCAGCAGCUCUCUAAAUCUGCCGUUUACACAGCGGUGGUAGUAGUGUUUGAAUGCCACAGGUCAGCUCCAGAGACCGGGAAGGCGUGCCAAGGUUCCCUGUUCCCUGUUGGUCUCCCUGUGGGGAGGAAAAAAAAAGUUGCAGCCUCUCGUAUCAUGUGGAAAGUACCGCAGAUUUCCUAUCGGAUCUCGGGCCGAGCUGCUAGGAAGGGCGGAGAGUCCUUUUUCCCAAUCCCGGGCAAAUUGGUACCAGCACGGUCUGUCUGCUGGGGUCAUCGCCACAGGGCAAGGCCCGUGCUCUCCCCCUGCGGCCCAUGCUGGGCGUCCACCGGGUGGCAAGGAAAAGGCUCACAAAGGCGGGGGAGAAGCGGGG